UUUGCUUCCAACUUCCAACAAACAGGGGCCGUUUUAGCUCGCGAAAAAUAUAUUACGCGAAUUUACGAGCUCGCUUGUAAACAUUUUCUCUAACAAUUAUUACAUCGGUAUUUUAGAGUUAAUUGAUAAGUGCUAAACUUUAAAGACAUUUAUUGUGCUCAAUUCAACCUUUUUUUUUAUAAAGUGGACACAUGAAAAAUAUGAUGCUGAAAAUUCGAUAGAAAGAAAUGAAAUUUUCAACCGCCUUUUUGUUUUUACUUCUUAAUUUUGAAAAAAUCUGCAGCAGCAUAAGUCUAAAAGGAAUGAAACUAAACAUACCUAGAGCGGUGAGAGCCGGUCAUUCAGUUACUCUGAGCUGCGAAUACGAUUUGGAAGGUGCCCAGCUGUAUUCGGUUAAGUGGUAUCGUGAAAAUGACGAGUUUUAUCGAUAUGUGCCAAAAGAAGAACCACCAACACGGGUAUUCACAAUACAAGGAAUACAUGUUGAUGUAUCAGUGUCGAACGCUCACAGUGUUACAUUGCUAUCAGUUGGUCGUGAUAUAUCUGGAGAAUUUCAGUGCGAGGUGUCUGCUGAUGCGCCUUCUUUUCACACACAACUAUUAUCAGCUCCAAUGACAGUUGCAGUUGUGCCCGCGGGAGUUCCAUUAGUCACAGUAGAUAAAACCGGCUUGGAACACGGCAGGCCGCUUAUAGCCGACUGUCAUGCACCGCCGUCGCAUCCAGCUGCCAAUAUCACGUUCUUUGUGAACGAUGAAAAGGUUCCCGGCUAUACGUCAGACUGGAUCACGUCGAACGAGGAUCAAUUAGAGCAGAAAACCGCUAGGUUGGAAUUAACAGGAGUUGGAGGUAGUUGGGACCCUUUACGUAUUAUGUGCGAAGCUACACUUUUUCGGCUUUAUCGGGCCAAAAGUUUGGACAUUGAAGUAAAGCCAGACACACCUCAUCCGGCUUCUGUGCUUUUAAUGGGUACUAGCUCGACUGAUUUCAAUUUAUUCUAUCAUCGAUAUUACGUACUUUUUCUGGAGCUCAUUCUACUUGUCAUUUGGGUUUGAUAACAUUGGGAACAUGUUGGAGACUCAAGCAUAUUAUACUGAUUAAACUGUGAUACUAGUUUGUAAGAUAGAUCAGUU